AAUCACGCCAGGCCCAGGCCCAUCUGUCUUGUUUACUCUGCUAAGGAGAGGACGGGCCUCGGUGGCGACCAUUACCUCGACACCCGGCUAACAAAUGAGGCCCGGCUCGGCCGCCGCCGCCUCUGCUGCUGCCGCUGCUGGAAGACAGCCUGGAUUUUCUUUCUUUGUCCCCCAUUCCUGACACCCAGCGAAAGCACCCUCUGACUGCCAGAUAGCGCAGUGUUUUGGCCACGGUAACCAACACACACGUACAACCUCCUCCCCCUCCGUGCCCCUUCGCGGGGACACUGACUGCUCAUCCCCUUCCACUGUUGGGGCUGGGAUUGGGGGGCAGCAGGAAGGGGACAAGUGGAGGCGCGGGCGGCUUUGGCAACGCAAGAGCGGGCAGGGAAAUUGAGUCCAAGAAAAAAAAAGAGAGACCGGGAGACCCGGGAUGGCCUUCUUCUGGAAGGUCAAGCCAUUUCUGGCAGGGUGAGGGGCCAGUUGAGUUCUGAGCUGGGCACGAUCCUCUCGCCAAUCUAGACUUGUACACAGCGGAGACCUGCUCUCCUAGACUGAAGUUGAAUGUGAAACUAGGAAAUAAAAUGUCGCGCCCCUCCCAGUCUGGGAGAUAAUGUUACAGAGACCUCUCCCAUAGUUUUAUCAUUGUUGCAUUGAUUAUUAUUAUUAUUAUUAAUUAUUAUUAUUAUUUUAUGUCAUGUGCGUUCUAUUUUCUUCCUGACAUUCCAAACCAGGCCCCUUCCUAGUUCUGGGGCUGCCUGAGUCUAGAACCCUUCGUUGGCGUGAAAAUUUGUGUCCUGUACAGAGUGACAAUAGAAAUAAAUGUUUGGUUUCUUGUGACCAGCACAGCGUGUUUUUGUUGAAGCCUUGAUCUAAAAAUACAAAUGCCACCCAGCCUGUAUGUUAAGCACCCCAGUCCCAUUCGGCCUCACAUGUACGUGGUUGAGGGUUCCGAUGGGAAUUUCUAUCUCUGAGGACUCCAAAUUGUGGUAGUUGGUUUGUUUUCCUUUUGGGGUGGGUGUGUUCUGUCUGGGGCUUUAAAUUUUUUCCCUCCAGUCCAAAAAUGGAUUGAAAGGACUGGGAGGGCUGACUCCAAUCCCUAAUGGGGGGGGGGACUGUUUCAUUGUAGGACACAAGAGGCUUAAGUACGGCAAAGCCUUUCAUAUCGUGAUUUAUUUGUCAUAAGCAAAUAAAAUGCGGUUAAGCUGUCUCCUUCUAGACAGACGGCUCUUUGCUUAUUAAAGUUCCGAGAGAGGAUUCCGAGAGGCCGGCCUCUUUCCUCCUGCGUAAGAAGGUAUCGUUUUCCUCUGAGGUGUUUAAGGCUUUAAUGAGUCUAAUUUUUUGCACAGAUGUUUCUGGGUGUUUGCAGGUUUUCAGAGUAUUUUUAUAUUACAAAGGAGCUAGCCGGUGCCAUAGCUCAAACUCUGACAAGCAAAUAGAUAAUCAAGAAGACAAAUGGCCUCUUUUGUGAAGCCCUGCUCCUGUAUUAAUUUUCAUUUUCUUUCUCAUAGAAAGUAUCGAAAGUACGACUGGGGACCAAAUAGCUUUCUGUCUCGCAGUUCCCAGUCACCCCUAGAAUGGAGUGGGGGAAGGGGAAGGGGAUACGGGUGACCCUCAGAAGCUCUGUCAGGCUUGGGCCGCUUUUGUAGAGCACCCAAGAGAAGUUCUAAGGCCUUGGGGCUCCAGCCUGGGGUGUCUUGUUCUGUGGUGGCCCAGGGUAGAGCCACCCGCCUCCAAAAAGCUCGGGGCUCAGGAGAGCAUAUGCAAUUAAAAGUUGUUUUUCAGUCCCAUCUCCCUUCAGAAAAUAAAAAGAGUCAAUUCCUCCGCAUGUUUUAUUGUUAUUUCUUUUGUAUUCUUCCGGUUUGCAGCGCCCGCCCGGGAGUUUGAGGCAGGGUAGGGCCUUAGGACAGACGGGAUCGGUGUCCACAGCUCGGUGUGCACAGUUCGGGAAGGGGCGGUCGAACUGGCCGUUUAAAUGCUGUGAGGAGACUCAUAAAAAGUAGCCGGGACCUGGAGGAUGAGAGCGGCUAGCUUUGUUUGGGUCAAUCGCGGUGUGAUGUUUAGCUGCCAGGGGCUGUGGCCGCCCUUAGCAGAGGGGGAAAAAUACUUCUUAAAAGCAUAUGUCCCCCCCCCCAGGAAUGCCUCUAUAGAACCAAAUCAAAGCUGCUCCUUGGAAGCAAAUCUCCGCAGACCGGCUGUUGGGGGAAAAAAGUGUUAGCCGUCUCUCCCGGAUCUGCGAGGGGGAAAAAUUUGGAACCAUAAAGUUGAAAACUUUUUUCUCUCAGUUUGGAAGAAGCCCUUCAUCAUGAAUGGGAUGCAAGGAGUUCGGGUGAGAGGAGGCGAGAGACGGAAAGGUCAGACGCUCCGAACAGACCCCGGGAGGAGGGGGGCAGAGAGGGGAGGGGGGGUCCGGCGCCUCACGUGACCCCCAGGGGUGCCAAUGUCCGGUCGUGAGGGUAUCAGGCCCUUGCAAGUUGCCACGCACUGCCCGGGCCUCGCCCAGCGAUGCAGAAAGCCACCUACUACGACAACGCCGCGGCUGCACUCUUCGGAGGCUACUCGUACCCUGGCAGCAAUGGCUUCGGCUACGACGGUGCCCCCCAACCCCCUUUCCAGGCCGCCACGCACCUGGAGGGCGACUACCAGCGCUCAGCGUGCUCACUGCAGUCCCUGGGCAACGCCGCCCCGCAUGCCAAGAGCAAGGAGCUCAACGGCAGCUGCAUGAGGCCCGGCCUGGCCCCCGACCCCCUGCCCGCCCCACCCGGCUCACCCCCGCCCAGCGCCGCACCUACCAGUACCACUAGCAACAGCAGCAAUGGGGGCGGGCCCGGCAAAAGCGGCCCCCCCAAGUGCGGUCCCGGCUCCAACUCCACCCUCACCAAACAGAUAUUCCCCUGGAUGAAAGAGUCGAGGCAAACGUCCAAGCUGAAAAACAGUUCCCCCGGCACAGCGGAGGGCUGCGGCGGCGGCGGCGGCGGUGGCGGCGGAGGAGGCAGUGGUGGCAGCGGCGGGGGUGGCGGCGGGGGAGGGGACAAGAGCCCCCCGGGGUCGACGGCGUCCAAGCGGGCGCGGACGGCGUACACGAGCGCGCAGCUAGUGGAGCUGGAGAAGGAGUUCCACUUCAAUCGCUACCUGUGCCGGCCGCGCCGCGUGGAGAUGGCCAACCUGCUGAACCUCAGUGAGCGGCAGAUCAAGAUCUGGUUCCAGAACCGGCGCAUGAAGUACAAGAAGGACCAGAAGGCCAAGGGCCUGGCCUCGUCGUCCGGGGGCCCCUCCCCCGCCGGCAGCCCCCCGCAACCCAUGCAGUCCACCGCCGGCUUCAUGAACGCCUUACACUCCAUGACCCCCAGCUACGAAAGCCCGUCCCCGCCCACCUUCGGCAAAGCCCACCAGAAUGCCUACGCGCUGUCUUCCAACUACCAGCCCCCUCUCAAAGGCUGCGGCGCUCCGCAGAAGUACCCCCCGACCCCGGCGCCCGAUUAUGAGCCCCACGUCCUUCAAGCCAACGGGGGCGCCUACGGGACGCCCACUAUGCAGGGCAGCCCAGUGUACGUGGGCGGGGGCGGCUACGCGGAUCCGCUGCCGCCACCUGCCGGCCCCUCCCUCUACGGCCUCAACCACCUUUCCCACCACCCCUCUGGGAACCUGGACUAUAACGGGGCGCCCCCUAUGGCCCCCAGCCAGCACCACGGACCCUGCGACCCCCACCCCACGUACACAGACCUCUCCUCUCACCAUGCGCCUCCUCCUCAGGGUAGAAUCCAAGAAGCGCCCAAAUUAACACACCUGUGAUGGGAGAGGUUGGGUGGAGGGGCGAGGUCAUGGGGUGUGGGAGAGCCAGGAGGGGCAACCUGGAGAUCGGAGAGAGGAGGCAGGGAGGUGGCAGCCAUCCUUCCUGGGAAGAACGGGCCCAGAGCUGCCUCCCCUCCCCCUGGCCUGAGAGGUUGCUUUUUAAGUCCUCCAGCCCUGGUUCCAUCUGCCUGCCAACCCAUUAGAAAGGAAUCCACAGCAGAUUGGAGAUGACCCCAUCAAUCCUAGCCCUCCAGCAAUACCCAGUUGAAAUCCCACGCUCGGAGUGGCGUAGAGGAAGAAGAGUAGGGAAACAAGGCAGAGAAGCACAUUUUAAAAAACAAACAAGAUGGCUGGGCCAUCACUAACCAACCAACUUACCUUCCAUCUCUGUGGUAAUUCCCCAAAACCUUGAUUUUUUUUUCCUUGCAAUUCUCCUUUAAAAAAUAUUAGAAAAUACAUUUCAAAACCAAGGGCACAAAGCACGCUCUCCUUCCACUUCCCUGACGCCUCA